GCGCCGUUUCUCAGGCGGGCCCAUGCGGGGCGGUGACCGCAUCCUGCCGUCCUUGUGCCGUACGUAGAUCGGGCCUGUGUCCGAUAACUGGUCAAUGGCGUCUCGGGGAAACGUCUCGAAAUACAUGAUGAGCAGAUUCUACCAUGCUUGACGUCGCUCUCGCCAGCGCCGGUGCCCAGGUCGUCCUGGCGACUUCCAGUGAUGAGAAUUUUCCUCCAGAAAACAUCAUUGAUGGGAGUGGUUCCACCUUCUGGCUGACCACAGGUCUGUUCCCGCAGGAGUUCAUCAUCAGUUUCACAAACCUCAUGAACAUCAACAACAUCAGGCUCCUCACCACCAAUGUUGAAGGACUGUCCAUAGAGAGGAGUGUGCAAAACGAGCCAGUUAACUUUGAGCCUCUGACAGAAAAAGUGUUGGAGUUUGUGGAAGGAGAGUUGCAGAGUGAAGACAUUCAAGUGGAUGCCACCACAGCCCACCAUCUCCGCUUCGUCAUCAAGUCUGGCUUCGACCACUUCAUCUCCAUCCACAGAGUCAACGUCAAUGGCUCGGCAGUGCAUUAGAGGAAAAAUACAAUGUACAAAUCAAAUAUAUAUACUGUAGAUGUGUGUACUGUAGAUACAUGUAAUGUAGUUGAUUUUGUUUCCACAUGUAAGAAGUACACAAACAAAAUUGACCCAAUGCCAGCUUUCCUCAGGAUUGAAUAAUGACAUGAGACCUUUGAUACAAAAACUUGACGUUAGCAGUCGGUAAUGUUUCCUACAUAUGAGAGGUUGAUUAUUCAUUACCUGAGGGAUGCUUCAAGAAGGACACAAGAGAGCACAUUUGGGAGCUAUUUCAUGUUUUUCAUCAAACCCUUCUGUAUGGCACAAGGCAUUUAUCUUAACGUAACUCACACCAAUCUAAUUUUGUUUAUCAGGCACUUACGGGAAAUGUUGGUGAAAUGGAAAAAAAAAAACAGAAAUUGUAGCAAGAUUGGUUGUAAAUUUUUAGACCUGUACCAUUACAAAUUUCUGGAAAUGACAAGUGUGAUACAUUUGUACAAUGUAUAUCUAUAAAGAUAGUUAGAUUGACAAUAGUACUGUGAGUUUUGCAUUUUAAAUUUUCAUGACUUUAUUAAUACAUAAAGUAGUGUGAGUUCUGUGUCACAAAUUCAACAUGAUUAAAUACUUUCUCU